CUCAACAAUGAGGAGAACUGAACUGACAAACCUUACCAGAACAGCAUCAUGAUCAUCUCGUUGCUUUUGUUGGGCACUCUACUGCCAUAUCUGACACUCACAGAAUAUGUGAAUGUGGGUAUAAUAAAUGGCACAGAGGCAAAACCACACUCCAGACCUUACAUGGUUUCUCUUCAGCAUAAGGAGAAACAUAUCUGUGGUGGCUUCCUUGUGUCCAAAGAUUUUGUCAUGACAGCAGCACAUUGCUUUACAGAGAGACAGUAUCUGACAGUCAUGGUUGGAGCUCAUGAUCUAAACAGCGGUUCAAGCCGCAUGGCUGUGAAGUUUUACCACAUCCAUCCAGGGUAUGACUCGAAAACUUUGCAGAAUGACAUCAUGCUGCUUCAGCUGAAUGGAACAGCCAAACAAAGCAAAAUGAUCCAGUGGAUCUCCAUACCGAAAAAAGAUAAAGACAUCAAGGCCAGUUCCAAAUGCAGUGUUGCAGGUUGGGGGAAACAAAGUACCAAUGGUAUUCCGAGUAAUCGUCUUAUGGAGGUUGAUGUCACCAUCAUUGACAAAAAAGCAUGUCAGAAGUACUGGAAAAAAUACUACUACCCCACAAAGAUGCUGUGCGCAGGAGGUCAUGGAGGAUUUUGCCAGGGAGAUUCUGGAGGGCCUUUGGUGUGUGACAAAACUGCAGUUGGUGUUGUUUCAUUCAAUGAGAAAAAUAAAUGCAACCUUCCAACAAAGCCAAAUGUCUACACCAAGAUUUCCAAAUUUCUUACUUGGAUAAAUGCAAUACUUGGAGGUGUAAACCAAUAACUUGAUUAUUAUUGAUUAAACUUGAGUAUUAUUUGGGCCUUAUACCCCAAAUGUAUGUUAACAGGUCACCAAUAUCUAUCUAUUAACAAUCAUGUUAGCUGCAUAUAAAAAACUAAUGGAAUGCAUAUAGUCUGAAACACCUACUAUGCAUUAAUUUAUAAAUGUCAUGGAAAAUGUUUUUGUAAUGGAGCAAAUUACUUUUUGUAUAAAACCGCUGUCAAAUAAAUGUGAAAUAUAUUUGGACAAAAUGGAUUGACUGUAUUACUCACAUUGAUCUUCAUUCUUUUAUUUAGUAAAAUAUAUGUGUAAUUUGCAUCUCCCAAAUUCAUCUUGUUUGGUCUAUUUUUAAUUUACAGUAUGUAUUUGUUUUAUAGUUUGUAUAAAAAAUAUGGA